GGAGUCGAGAUGUUUUUGAUGGAAGAUGGCUCAAUGUACAUCAAUGAGAUUGCCCCACGCCCUCAUAACUCUGGUCACUACACGAUCGAGGCUUGCGAAACUUCGCAAUAUGAGAACCAUCUACGCGCCAUCCUGUCCCUCCCUCUUGGCUCAACAGCCCUAAAGGUGCCUUCAGCUGUCAUGCUAAACAUCAUAGGCGCUUCAUCAGACAUGAGUGAACUCACCAACUUUGCAAACACCGCCUUGACCAUCCCCGGUGCCGCCGUUCAUCUAUAUGGAAAAUCAGAAUGUCGGAAAGGUCGCAAAAUGGGCCAUGUCACCGUCGUCGGAGACUCGGAUGCGCAAAUCCACCUGCGGCUGCGGCCCCUACUAGAGGCACUUCCUUCAGGCAGCCCAAGUGAAGAACUGGAUCUCUACGCCCCACUACCACCACAACCAGGGGCCGGAUUCUCACAUCGACGUCCACUAGUGGGCGUCAUCAUGGGGUCCGAUUCAGACCUGCCCGUCAUGCUCCCCGCCGCCCGCAUUCUCGAUCAUUUCAAUAUUCCCUACGAGCUCAGCAUCGUCUCUGCACAUCGCACGCCAGACAGACUCGUCGAGUACUCCCGGUCGGCGUCGUCAAGAGGGCUGAGGGCUAUUAUUGCUGGUGCAGGUGGGGCAGCUCAUCUUCCGGGCAUGGUGGCUGCUAUGACGGCGCUGCCUGUCAUUGGUGUCCCCGUCAAAGGCAGUUCCCUCGACGGCGUCGAUUCAUUGCACAGUAUUGUCCAAAUGCCGAGAGGUAUUCCGGUGGCUACUGUCGCUAUCAAUAACGGUACAAACGCAGGACUGCUUGCGGUGCGCAUACUAGGGGCGGGCAUGCCCCAUCUUUUCGAGGCGAUGGAUGCGUAUUUGAAGAGUCUGGAAGGCGAGGUGCUUGGCAAGGUAGAAAAGCUAGAGCAGGUCGGAUGGGAGAAAUACGAAGUGAAGCGGUAGGUAUCGCUGUAUUUAAAAAAAAAAACACAAUGUAUUGCUGGUCCCCUUGCAUCAUGCUAA